GCACAGGGCUGCCAGCGUGCUGAAACGUGGCAACGCUAGCCCCAGCUGAUUGAAAUAUUGCUGUGAAUAAACAAAAGAGGGGACAUGAGCAUAAACUGGAUAAAGAUUACCGAACGGGCCCGGGAGGGCAUCAAAAUCAUCAAUGCCCUGCCCUACGACACCUUCAACACGGUUCUCUGGUACACCCAUCGCCAGAUGAGCCCCGGCACAGCGGCUGCAGCCGCAACGAGCACCGUGGGCACCAGUGUCACCACCACAGAGCGGACCGACAGCAGUGCCGAAGACACACCCACCAGCAGCAAUGAGCCGGAGUACACGCUGGAGGAACUGGAGCGGCUGGUGGGUGUACCGCGUGCCGACUUUUUGCUGCUCAUCAAAACAUUCUCCUACAUCCUGCGACGCAUCUCCACGUUCAUCAUUAAACCGAGUCUACUGCAGCGCGAGCUGCGCGACAAGCUGCAGCUGGAAGACGAGGCCAAGAUCGAUGCCAUUCUGCGGCUGUGGGUGCGCGAGACAACGCCGAUAAUGGAGAAUCUGGCUAGCCCGCGCUACGAGUCGAACGUGGUCGAGGAUGUGGCGUGGAAACUGCAAGUAGAGGUCUCCUCGCACUGCCAGCAACGCGACAGAACGCCAAUAGGCGUGCUGCAGUUACGAACAGCAGCGGGGGAGGACAUUAGCUCGGAGAUGACACAUCCGGAACUGUUGCAGCUGUACAAUCAGUUCGAGCAGAUUCAAGCCGAACUCGACGCCACGCUGGCCAUGUCGGAAACGGUUCCGGCUGCAUCAGCCAGUGGCGGCCAGUAGGAGAUCGAGAUUUAUUUUUUAUAUAUUUGACUAAGGCUAGGCUCCUUUUUAUCUUCCUAUUUAUUAAUAUUGCCUUAGACACUCCAUUAAUGCUGUUGGACCCCUGUAAAUCCUAGAUAGAAAUCUACAAUAAAUCAACCCACAAUGCCAAA